AUGAAUGUGAAUGACGGCAGCGACGGGGACGACGCCGUGGUGGUGGUGGUGAUGGCGACGCGCGGAACGCAAGUGUGUGAGAAAUGCGUGGGCGCAUCCAGCUCCAGCUCGUGCUCGUGCGGACGGCAGGUGGUGGACACGGUGGCGUGGACGCUGGCCGCGCGCAACGCAGCCGGGGACAUCGUCGCCUUUGCCGCAAAGCUGACCGAGGAGACGGCCGUGCUUGCAGCAAAGGGCAUCGCCAACGUCGGCGUCAACACAACCAUUGGCGGCAUUGUCGGCGGCGUGAGUGGUGCCGUGUCCGGCGCUGUGACUGGCUUGUUCUGGACAGCGCUGUCGGCGGUGCGGGUGGGCGUGGGUGCCUCCGUGUCCCUCGUGUCAUAUCUGGCAAAGAAAGGGAUCCAGGUUGCCCGCGGGCCCAACGGCUCCAGCGUGCUCACGCUGCCUGGCGAAACGGCAGAGUCGCUCGUGUCCGAGGUACACCUGCUGCACGUGGACGAGGCCACUUACAGACCAGGCGGCAGCGCUCACGACGAUGACGAUGAUGAUGACGAUGACGAUGACGAUGACGAUGACGAUGUGAGGGAUGAGAGGGAGGAGCAGGAUGCGAGGGAGGAUGGGGACGAAGAAAGUGAGGAGACGGGAGGGGUACUUCCUGGGAGCACGGCCGCGAAGACGACACAGGAGGACGACAUGAAGGGCGUUCGAAGGAGGUCUCGGAGGAAGCGGACCAGGGAUGUUGGGUGUCAGACGGAGAUGCUGGGAUGGAAACCGAAAGCAGAGAAUCCGCAGUCAUACAUCACCUUCCUCCAAGUGCCACGCGGUCAAAUGCAGGUGAAGAUGGGCGACAUGCAGCCUCAAGGCCGCAGUGACGGCGACAACGGCAGCAUCAUCAUCAACAGCUACGGCAACAGCGGCCGAUGCGAGGACAGCGAGGACAGCGUCCGCACCGUCCACGGCAUCAACAGCAGCGCCGGUGGCCGGCACAGCUGCACGAACAUCAACACCAACACCAUUCACAACGUCAGCAUCAGCACCAACUGCACCAACUGCACCAACUGCACCACCACCGUCGUCUUCGUCGUCGUCAUCGUCGUCGUCAUCGUCGUCGCAUCUGCGGCACCGUACGCCUGUGGGGACGGCAUCUGCCCCGCCAGCGGCGCACCUGUCCCGCGCAUCGGCGCCCCCAGCUGCUGUUGGUGCCCAUCGCAGCAGCAGUAG